AUGGGUAACCUUUUAUGUUGUGUGCAAGUCGACCAAUCCACAGUUGCUAUUAAGGAGCAGUUUGGCAAGUUUUAUGAAGUACUUGAACCAGGAUGCCAUUGUGUUCCUUGGAUAUUUGGAUGUCAGCUGUCCGGCCAUCUCUCACUUCGGCUGCAGCAGUUGGAUGUGCGCUGCGAGACCAAGACAAAGGACAAUGUAUUUGUCAAUGUUGUAGCAUCAAUACAGUACCGUGCCCUGGCAGAAAAGGCAAGCGAUGCUUUCUACAAACUCAGCAACACAAGGACUCAAAUCCAGGCAUAUGUUUUUGAUGUAAUAAGAGCAAGUGUUCCAAAACUCAACUUGGAUGAUGUUUUUGAGCAAAAAAAUGACAUUGCAAAGGCUGUUGAAGACGAACUUGAAAAGGCCAUGUCUGCAUAUGGGUACGAGAUUGUUCAGACACUGAUUGUUGAUAUAGAACCAGAUGAGCACGUGAAGAGAGCAAUGAAUGAAAUCAAUGCAGCUGCAAGGCUGAGGUUGGCAGCAAAUGAGAAGGCAGAGGCUGAAAAAAUUCUGCAAAUCAAGCGAGCUGAAGGUGAGGCUGAGUCUAAAUAUCUCUCAGGAUUGGGUAUUGCUCGCCAGCGGCAAGCAAUUGUGGAUGGCUUGAGAGAUAGUGUGCUAGGUUUUUCAGUUAAUGUGCCCGGAACUAGUGCAAGAGAUGUUAUGGACAUGGUCCUUGUCACCCAGUACUUUGACACCAUGAAGGACAUUGGCGCUGCGAGUAAAUCUUCUGCUGUGUUCAUUCCCCAUGGGCCAGGGGCCGUUCGUGAUGUGGCUACCCAGAUCCGUGAUGGGCUUCUUCAGGCUUCAACCCAUCAUUGAUUUUCUUGCUUUUAUAAGGUAUGAUAAAUUUGCAACUAAUGAGUGCUUUGUAAACAAUAAAGCACUCUGGUGGUUGAUGGUGGUGGUCAAGUGGUAGCUGCAGUCAUGGAUCAGACGUUCGUUCUAAUUUGAUGAAUUUGUGGUGGUGUAAGGCUGUGACUAAAAUUGGUAGUUUUCCGAGAGGAAGAGCUCAUGCUUGUUUCGCCAGUUAUGAACUUCAGGGUUUCUGACUUGCAGAGGAAAUCCCAUUCCUAAGCCAUGCCUUCGAGUUUUGCCCCACCGGAUGAGUUCUGAUACACACAUUGGUUGCUUGAGACUUGAAAGUGUAUCGCUAUUAUUAUUCUUGUAAAUUUAUAACCACCCUUAAGGCCAUACUACUUAACAUAGAAAAGAUUGUUAUAAAACAACAUCACAGCAUUGAUAUCAC